AUGGCUUUUCAUGGUCCGACAUUUUCCAAUGAAACACAUUAUGGAGCAUUAUCAAGUACGCGACAACGAUUUGGUAAUUUAAGUGCUAAUAUGUUUUUUGUACGUCCUGCUCGUCAUGUCGCUUGUCCAAGACGUUUAAAAUAUAUUCAUGAUAUUGCAACUGGAUAUAUUCCAUAUGUUGAAGAUGCCAAUUAUAUGAAUCAACCAUCAUCUAGAUAUGCAUUAAAUCAAAGAAAUAAUAAUGAUAUGAAUAAUACUAAUGGUUUAGGUUUUUGCAAUGUAGCUGAUGCAUGGCGUCAGCAGUUAAUGGAAUUAGCACAACAAGUAAAAACUUCUCUUACAUUCGCUGAUGAACAAGGAUCAUAUAUUCGUUCACCUCGAUCAACUCGUUCAAGUAAACAUCGUCAUAAACAAAGUCGUACGGCAGCAUCAAAUAAUAAUGUUGAAGAAAAUAAUGAACAAAAUCUUUCAAAACGAUUAUUAAAUCGACAUACAAGUCCACGUUAUCAAUCUCCACGAAUAACUAAAUCUAAAUCUAAUGAAAAAUCUGAACAAGAACAACCAACUAAUGAUGAAAAUCAAGAUUCUGGAAUUUGGUUAAUUCCAAUUCUUUGUUAUAUUUUACAAAUUGAUAAUGUAGCUGAAGCACAAGAGUGGCUUAUUAAUGCAAAUCCAACUGAAAAACGUUUAGCUAGAGAAUUAAUUAGUCGAACAAUGCAAGAUAUGCAAAAUCAAGAUAGUGAUUUUACAUCAGAUCUUUCAACUUUUGAUCAAUCUUCAACAACAACAACAACAACAAAUUUUAAUAAUGUUUAUUGGCCAUAUAAAGUUUGGCAACGACAAGAAAAAGAUCGUCAACAACAACAAAUACAACAAUUAUUAAAACAAUCUAAAUUAAAUUUAUGUACAUCAUUACCAUCAUUAACUGUUGAUAAUAAUGAAACAUGUGAACGAGCUACAUCACCACUUCGAAUAGUUACACCAGCUAAACGUAUAUUAACAGCAGCAACAACAACAACAAUAGCAACAAAUAAUAAUAAUAAUAAUAAUUGCCCUUCCGUUGAAACAAUUAUUAUUGAACGAUCACCAACACGAAAUAUAAAUGAACGAUCAUCAACACGAAAUAUAAAUGAACGAGCAACAACAGCAAUACCUGUUCGAGAAAAUCAAAGUCAAAUGACAGAUCGAUCAACUACGGCAAAAUUACGUCCAAUUUCCAGAAAUUCAACACCUGCAACAGCGAAUGGAAGUGAUCGUCCAUCUCGUCGUGGUCAUCGUGUAGCGACAAGUAUAAGUAUUUGUACAGAUAAUAAUACGAAUCGAACAUCAGCUGCAUUACGAGGCAAAACUCCACUUGUUUAG